AUGGCGGGUCUGGUGGAAGGAGUUCAGUAUGGUUUGUCAUCGCAUGGAAAUUUUCAUGAAAAUAAGUCUUUGAUAUUUGUGAGACUUACGGAUUCUGCUUACCGUGCGAUAGAAGUCUUCUUGAGGAAUAAGAACAAGACCAGCCAACAUCCGACGAUACAGUUCCUAGGAAAUGAAGGGCGCCUGUCAUUUCCAUCUUCUGAAUCCAGCAAUGGGCAAGCUGGUUUCAACUUCAGCCUCUCCAGCACUGCAGAUACAGAAGGGCCUCAGGGAAGUUUUGAAUGCAUCCAGCAAACAGUCUCAAAGUCCCUUGAGUCCCUGGGAGCACUACAGUGCAAGAUGCGGAUCCAGGCUAAUGAUGACGUAUAUGAAACUACGCUACACAGAUUGGCUGCAGCAGAGGAGAACCACAAGAAAAGCUGCACGAGAGAAAUCAAACCGGGUGGACCAGGUAUCGGAGUUAAAGUGAAAGUAAAGAAUCCAGUGCUUCCCCUCAGAAGAGAUCGCAACCCCACAAAUUCCCUUGCCCCUUCAGCAACACAGCUGAAGCAUAAUUUGCCACCAAAACCAUCAAGCAAUGGUUAUGUAUCAUCAUCUCAUCAUGGUAUUGUUAACGGGAACUUCAUGCCAAGCUUGGCACACACAAAGCCUCAGGGUAACAACCACGCCCAAAAACCAGGGAAUCCGGAUAUCAUGAGGCGGCCACUCAGGGAGAGAUUAAUCCAUCUCUUGGCUGUGAGGCCAUACAAAAAGCCAGAAUUGUAUGACAGGAUUAACAAAGAUGGUUUGCGGGACAGGGAUAAGAACAGUGUGACAAAAAUCUUAAUGCAGGUGGCAGUCUUGCGGGACAACACAUACCAACUCAUCCGUAAUGUAUGGAAUGAUGUACAGGAGGACUGGCCAUUCUAUACAGAACAGGAGAGGCAGUUACUGAAGCGGCGUAAACCACAGAACCUGACUCCACCAGGAAGCAGUGAUGGAGGGAGUUCAGGCAGUGGACAGUCUCCCACUAGUACUCACCCAGGCAGUCCUCCUUCAGCUAUCUCCUCCUCAUACAACAUGAAGAGGCCAGGAUAUAUUGAUGGAGCAGAUGGUCUGCCAACUAAACGCAAGCGCAUCUCUCAUUACUGCAGCAAACCAACAGAACAGGCACCUGUCAUGGCCAGGUUACCAGACUCAAGCCAACAGCCACGCAGCACACCUGCAGACUCAUCAUCAUCAUCAUCAUCAUCACGACCUGAUGAUUUCUUUCGGCAUAAGGACAGGGACAAAAGUAGGGAUGUCAUGAAUACGAACCCUCGUAGUAGAGAAUAUGGUGGCAAUAGAAGUAGUAAUGGUGGGGGUGAGAGUUUGCUCAGGAAUAACGGAUACAGCAGUCAGUCAGUAAUGUCAUCGAUUGUGGACGGGAAGUGGAGAAAUGGGCCCGAAAAUGAGGAAAAUGAUGAAAAACGAAGUGGCAGUAGUGCUCAAGGAGGCUAUGAUAGCAGUGUAGUGGCCAGCAAGGCUCAGUGUGAAUCAGUGGCAUCUAAUCCAUCUAGUGUUAGUGGUGUUAGUGGCAGCACUAGAGUGACAUCUGCAUCAGUGGAUGAUUCCUCUACGUGUUGGAACAGAUCAACAGAGAAUGGAGUGCUCAGUCAAUCAACGAGCAGCCGAGGUCAUGGAGGUCAUCAUGACAAUCGCAACAAUAGAUGGACAACUCGGGUUUCGUCAACAACUCAGAACAGUUCUGCCGGUGGUUCCAGUCCUGAGAGUCAGCUGGAGAACAUGGACACAGGAAGAGAGAAAGAGGCUAAGGAGAAAACUUCUACAAGUAACAGUUCAGAAUACCCAGAAUAUAUUUUGAAUUAUAGUUCAAUACGUGACAAUGAGCAGCGCAGGCGAUAUAAGGCCGACUUCACUGCGGACUAUAGUGAGUACAGAGACCUUCAUGCUGAGGUGGAGAAAGUAUCAAAGCGGUUUGCUCAGCUUGAAGAGAGGUUACGACAGGAAGAACGUGAUAGCCCUACCUGGAAGGCCAUCAAGAACCAAAUAGUUAAAGAAUACCAGGAAAACAAGCGCGAUCUCAAGUUCCAAGAGGCAAAGCGUAGGUUUCAGUACUUGCAUGAGAAGUUGUCAUAUAUAAAGCGCUUGGUGCUGGAAUACGACUCUGCAGUCGCCUCGGGUGGUGAUCAUUACUGACCCUGGCCUCCCCUGGCUCCGACCCCGGUGCCACCACCACUCUCCUUGCUGCCUGCUGCCACCCCUCUCUGCCAACGACAACUACUUCAUGUGAGAAGACGAAGAAGGAAUCUCGGGGGUUAAGUUUUAUUAUGCAGUUGAUUACCACCCUCACUCAAUCUCACCACCAACUCAAACACCACUACCACUGCCAUCCCUGCCACAACCAUUACAUACUUGUAUUAGCAGUUUUUCCAAAUAAGAGGUGAUGUUUUUCUUUCCUUCUUUCUUGUAUGUGAGGCUUAUUGCCAUUACUUGUUUUAUGUUCUGCUUGAAACACAUUUAGUUUUUUAUGCAGUGCUUAAACUGAAAGGAAAGGGAAUAGUGUAGUGCAGUGCACUUUGGAAGUGAAGUUAGUUGCUGACCUUUUCAUAAAAUCGAAAUAUAUUUUUCAUUUGAGAGAGAGCAGAGUAUACAUUUACAUAUGACCCCUCUUGAUUAUUGCCAUCUAGGGUCCUGAUAUUGAUACAGCACUUACACAUAAACAUUCAUCCUCUUCUCAUUGUGCUUCUUAGCGCUCUUUCUUAUUUCAGCUGUUACACUGUCAUAACGAGUUUUAACAAAUUAAACCUGCAGUUGGAUUGGUAUAGUUUGUAGAGAGACAGCUGUAUAACUUCAAAUUAAUUCUGACAUACACCUCAGGAACUGGGAAAGUGGAAGUAGGAAGUGUAGAUACAUCUAUUUCCUUGAAAAUGUAAUGCUAAUUCCAACCAUCAAGGGACUGGUUUCAAAUUUGAAUUAAAAAAUUUUCAAUCCUAAAUUUCAAAAUAUAACUUUGUGGACUUUCUUUUAUUUUCACUGUUAUGAUUAAGUUUUAUAUCUUACCUUCCAUUGUUUCCUUUCAUUUCAGUUUAGGGCGUGUAUACUCAGUUGUGGCUGAACUCCACAGAGUUGACUGUGUCAUUUCUCCCAGUAUAUUUGUUUUUAGCUGUUCUCUUGACAUUCUCUACUGUCUUACAGUAUGUUUUCAUUACAGUGAUAUCACCCCCCCCCAGUAGUUCUUUAUUGAAUAUUGCUAUGACAUAAGUCCCUGUUCCUAAUAUACCAGUGCAGACAACCCUGGAGUCAAUCAGGGGGAGGUAUGGGUAUUUUGCAGCAUGGCCUGCAAACCAGUAAAAAUUUUUAAAUGACACACAGAUUAAAAUGUCAAUGCCAGCCUUGCUCUCUUCGUAUUAUGUUUUUCUCUGUCUUCACAUACUGCAGCAGGCAGUGUGUUAUCACCAAAAUUAAUUGGGGAUGUUUUGCUAGUGGCUUAGUUUGGGCGAGAGGGCUGAUUCAGCAGGACACAGCCAUUUGUUAAAUAAACCAUAGUCACAUUGUUGUCAUGACAGGAAGAUAAUGAAAAUUUAGUUACCAUAUCACUCCAACUUUAUAAGCGUUUCCUCUCGAAGUUUGUGCUUCCAUUUUUGUCUCUUAAUAUGGAAAAGAAUGCUUCCAGUGAAAUUACAUAGCAUCAGGUACACUGUGUGUAUAUAAACAUUCGGGGGGAACUCGUUCCCAUGCCCUUUUCUUCAGUAAUACCGUGUUAGAAUAAGUAGAGUAUAGUAGAACAGGCCAUUAUGUGGGAAUCCAUGCACAAUUAUUAUAAUUUAAAAGUUUCCUUUCUGCUAAAUGAGAAACAAAUUUUGAGGACACGAAUAUUUGCUUUAGUAUCUGUGGAUUUGCUUUAUUUUCAUGGAAUUAGGAGAAUACAGGAAUACAGGGACUAGAUUGUAGUGAUUGAAUGUGUGAGAUUCCAUGAGAAUAUUUACGAAGUAGUUGGCUUAGAAGUUUAAUUCCACUUCUGAACACACAACAUUAAAUGAAAUAUAUGUAAUCCAAUUCAUUGUGCCUGAAGAUUAUAACCCUUAUAUGCCAAGACUGAUAUAGCACAAGAUAAACCAGUUGCAUGAAGUGUCGGUGUUGGUGGGAUUUAUCAACCUUCUCCACUAUAUCUGAUAUUUUCUAAUAUUAAAUUUAACUAUCCACUGGUCUUAAGAAAUUGUGCCACUGAUAGCAAGAAAUAAGUUUCAUUCCUAAAGAUUACAUAGCAGUCUUACUAAAAAUUAUAUGCUAUUUUUGCAUCUGUAUAAGAUCUUUGGAGACUGGCACUUAAAGGACUGAAGAAAAUGUCUUAAUGUUUGUAAAUUUACAACAAAGAAAUUCAGUAUGUAAACCCACAACACAUAGUUGCAUUUUUACAUGGUCAUUGUUUAUGCAGUUUUGCUGAAUUCCUGAAAGAUGUCAUUAUGCAGAUUGCCUGGUGUGAAAUGUAAGUGUUAUUCAACAGCAUUGAUUAAUUUCUCUCUCUAUAUAUAUGUUGUCAUUUAACUCACAUUGAUCUGCUUAAUCUUCAGAAACCUGACACUUUUAAAAUUACAUAUAAAGAUGCACUGCUGGUUAAUGUAUUUUCAAAACAAGCUGAUCUGUGGUAUGGAAAAGACAAAGUGCAAUUUUCACUACAGAGGUAGAGAUGUAGUCCAGUUUGAUUUUUUAGAGUUUGUACACACCCAGAAUAACUUUGCUUAUUUUGGAAAGGUUUUAUUUAAGUAUAUAGUGAAUGGUAGGCAAAGUGCUGCAGCAACAGUGUUAGUUAGAUUUGUCACUUUGUCACUCAAUUAUCUCUGGCUGUGUUGUGGACAAAUGUGCGAGUGAAUCAGUGAGCAAGUGAGCAAGUGUGAGCAAUUGGAAGGAGUGCCGUGAGAUCACCUAGAACUACCAUACUAUACAUGUUAUAUUUUUGACUGUGAUGUUUUUUGAUGGAUGCUCAUUCCUGUGGCUAAAUGCCACAUACCUACAGUAAAUUUUCUUCAACUGGCGCCAGCACAAGAAAGAAAAUAAUAUAUCCUGCCAUCGUUGCCAAAAUUAGGAAAGAAAAAUAAAGCAAACUUUAAAUGAUGUAUGCAAUUAUUGCUAUUCAGAGUUAUUUGCUUGGUUGUGGAAGAGAUUAUAUCCAGAGAAGUUAUGUUCUCUCAUCUUGUCCAUCUCCUGUUGAUGAAGCCUAUUUUCUUCCUACUUACAACAGAGAAGGGAUUAAGGAGAUUUUUUUUUUUUUUGCAUUAUGGCAACUGUGCUUAUGUUACUGUAUACAUAGAUAAGACGGAAACAGAUGUUUCCAAUGGCCUCAGUUUACAUCUGUGCCCUGGCCUGAAUACUUGGUGACGACCGGAUCGAUCCCUGACUUAGGCUUUUAAAUAACUGUAUAGUGUUUUAUAAGAAUACCACAUAUAAUAAUUAAUAUUAAUUUUGUGUUUUUCAUUAUUGUGUUCUGCUUUAUGAAAUUUUGCAAGAGAAAGUCCAAAAAAAUACAACUUUUUUUAGUCCAGGGGUUGUGUAAUUACUACAUACUUUACAACAACAUCGGGAUGUCUACUUGAAGUUAGCACAUCAGUGCAGAGUUGUGGAACUCUGUGAUCAUGAUGUGAUGACCUAAAAGAGUUACAUUCUGUGUUGAUGAUGUAAAUGGGCUGGGUGUGAAGUUACAAUUAGUGAUUUGUACACUGUGCAUGUGCAGAUUUAAGAUGAUGAUGAUGCUUCGUUGCUUCUUAAUGGAAGUUUAAAUAUUAAAGAUCAUGUCAGUCCAAGCAGCUGCUGUAUAUGAAUUUCAUAAGAUCUUUAGUUUUAGAAUUUUUAAUUAGUUAUUUAUUGUGAGCUUCUAUAAGCUUAGGUCUUCUCCCUGCUUCUGAGAUUCAAGAUUCUCAUGAUGAUGACUAUGAAAAAUGCCGUCUUCUGAGAUGUGGCUCUGUGUAGGCUGAUAGAAGUUUACCAGUGUUUUGGAUGAAUGUACUGCCUCCGUCUGCUACCCUGAAAAUGGAAGCACUACUUUGUUCCAAAACAUUUGUAAACUUUCAGACUGUCACAUCACAUCCCAGAAGAUGGUGUAUUUCCUUACUUAUUUGAUAGCAGGAGGCACAUUAUUCUUGUUAAUUGGUUAAUUGUGAAGAAUGUUAGUAAUUUUAUUAGAUAACCAGAGACAGAUUUAAGAAUGCAUAAGAUAUAUAAAAAAUAGAAGUUUGGCUUCUGGUGUUUGUACUUAACAGAUGCAGGUCAUAUGCGAAAGAAAGCAAGUAGUGUGGAAUUCAUGGGCAGAAUUUUAUCUGAUUCUAGUGAUAACAUUGCAUGAGAUUGCUAACAUUUUAUACUUUCAUGAUAUUAAUAUAUUUAUGGGUUUUGGGGGGAGAUUGUAAUGCAUAUUUUGUCAAACUGUAUUUAUACUGAGAAUGGGUUUUACACGUAUAGACUUUGGAAAGUGUUGCAUCUGUUGGCUGAAUGAGUUUUGUCAGCUCUUGUCAGUGGAUUUGUGUUAAGACUGUAUUCAUUAACAUCUUGAAUAUUGGAUCAAAUACUCUCAUGGGUCUUCUUUUUUUACUGGUGGUCAGUAAAAUGGCUUAUUUAUGAUUUUCUGGGCUAUUUUAAAAGCAGGGAGUAGCUUUAUAGCUUGCAUUUGUUAAGCUCUAAGUUAAUAACACAGUUUGUUUCAGAUGCAGUGUACUGAAGCACAUUUUUUAGUGUGUAGUUCAAUUCAAAUUUCAUGUGAAUCAAAAAACUGUAUUCCAUAAGACUUUAUAACUAAAAUAUCAUUUAAGAAAUAAGGUUUCAUUAGUGACAUGUUUACACACAGUAUUUUUAAGGUGGUGAUGAGCAGAAUAUUAUUAGCCCAAUAAAUAGAGUAAAUUCAUCUACAUCAUUCAUCUGCAUUACCGUGUAAUACCAGCAACAGAGUUUAUGAAUUAAAGGUGACAUUCCAUAGGAUAUGUCUUAAAAGCUCCUCUUUGUUCAAAGUGAACUCUUUUAGGUUAAUGUUAAAAUUAACACAUGGGAAACACCAUGUAGUUGGGUAACUUGU